AGUAAACGAUAAAAAUAAAAGUUUUAGUUAUAAUAAUAAAUCUAGAACGAUACUGUCAACUUCACGUUGACACUGUCUCAUUUAUUUUUCGUUUAGAUGUAGUUUAAAAAAUUUCGUAAAGCUAAAUUUCAAGUAAUAUUUUCGGAAUGGCUCAAAGGAACUUUCAAUGGGACUACGGCGAAUCGAAAUGGACGAAAAUAAUUAUACCCAGCGGUACUGUCGAUCCAAAUCAAUCGACUGUCAUACAGAUUCCCGAAGAUCUUCAACACACCGAAGUUAUUAUUGCCAGAAGUCCAGGUGCUAAUGGUCAAGAUAGGACUAAUGGCGGCGGAGGUGUAGGAGGCGGCGGCGGCGGCGGUAAACCUUGCCCGUCUACAUCUCGUGGACAGGCAGGGGGUGCGUCUCAGCAGGGUAGUUAUGCACCCCCAUCGCCAGGACAAACAUUUUCAAGUCCUCCACCUUCAUCGAGAAGUCAAAAUGUACCUACUCCAGGUCCUGGAGGUGAAGACGAUGAAGAUACUAACAUGCUGGAAUUGACGACCCCCAAUGAGGCUGAUAUCAUUAAAUUCGUAAGAGAAUGUGAUCAUCAACGAGCUAGAUUGUUAGUGAUGCCUAUAAAUAAAAAAAUGCGAUUGAUGGAACAAAUGGAGUACAUAGAAACCGGUGUGGUUCGUAGGGAUUUGAAAGAAUUCCAAGAAACUAGAAGGAAAUUGGUUUUUGAUCUGCAAAGUCUGUUCGCAGCUUUACCAAAUGUCAAACAAACCGUCAAAGGUGUAGCUUUAGGAAAGCCCUGAUCACCUAUUAGAAAAAAAAUAAUGUUUUCUUCUUUUAAAUUGUUUCUUUUGUUAACACUUUAUCAUUAUCACGAAAUAACUGAAAAUAAAUGAUUUUUUGAAUAGUU